AUGGCUCGGCCCAAAACCCCAACCCCACAAAACCAAACUUGUGCGAGGAGGAGAGAACCCACCCUCUCACCCCCUCACAGCUCCCCCUCAAACCUCUUUUGCCCGCUCCCCCGUGUCAUAUAUAUAUCGUUCUAUUUACCCCCAUUCCCACCCCCACAACCACCCACCUCUUCCUCCUCUUCCUCUUCCUCCUAUUCCACCUCUUCCUCCUCAUCCUCUUCCACCUCUUCCACCCCUUCCACCUCUUCCACCUCUUCCACCUCUUCCACCUCAUCCACCCUUUCCACCCCCUCUCACCUCACUCCAUACUUACUUUCACCCCCUUUUCCCAUUGCCCUCCCCCUCCGUAAGCCCCACGUAGACGCAAUUCAUGGAUACCAACACCACGCUCUCUCUUCUCUCUCUCUCGUUCGUUAA